ACGAGUGACAUUGACAUUAAUUAUUAUACAAGCCGGUGUUCGUCUGUGUACCCAAAUCAUUGGAACCUGCAACGCUGCGAUGUUAUUUCCAGCAGUUUUAUUUAUUUCGUUGUCCCUCUGUAAAUGUGACAGACCUAACAUCGUAUUUAUUAUAGCGGACGAUUUGGGAUGGAACGACGUUGGUUUUCAUGGGCUGAAUCAAAUACCGACGCCGAACAUGGACGCGUUGGCGUCUUCCGGCAUCUUGUUGCACAAUUACUACGUGACCCCCAUAUGCACGCCGUCCAGGUCCGCGAUCAUGACCGGAAAAUAUCCCAUACAUACUGGUAUGCAACACACUGUCAUAUUUGGAACUGAACCGAGAGGAUUACCGUUGUCUGAGAAAAUUUUGCCACAGUAUCUCAAAGACUUAGGUUAUAAAACCCACCUGGUAGGGAAAUGGCACCUCGGUUCUUAUAAGAAAAAGUACCUUCCGAUGUAUAGAGGAUUUGACAGCCACGUCGGUUUUUGGUCAGGAAAGAUAGAUAUGUACGAUCACACAAAUCAAGAAAAAAAUUACUGGGGAUUCGACUUUAGAAAAGGUUUUUCAGUUGCUCAUGAUUUAUUCGGACACUAUGCAACUGAUAUAUACACAAAUGAAGCUAUUAAGGUAAUUAAUUCUCACAACAAGAGCGAACCACUGUUUCUGAUGGUAUCUCAUUCUGCCGUGCACUCUGGCAACCCCAGCGAACCGAUAAGAGCACCUGAAGAACUGCUGGCUAACUUUACACACAUAAAAGACUUUCAAAGACAAAAAUUUGCGGCCGUAUUAUCAAAGUUAGAUGAAUCAGUAGGUGAAGUAGUGGAUGCGCUACAGACUCGUGGACUUUUGGAGAACAGUGUUGUUAUCUUUACCACUGAUAAUGGAGGGCCGGCUGAAGGAUUUAAUGAUAACCGAGCGUCGAAUUAUCCAUUGAGGGGUGUAAAAAACACGCUGUGGGAAGGAGGUGUUAGAGGCGCAGGUUUUUUAUGGAGUCCUCUAAUUGAAAAGAAGUCUCGUAUUUCCAAACAGAUGUUUCAUUUAGUUGACUGGUUGCCAACGUUGUUGAGUGUUGCGGGAUUGAAUGUCAGCUCGCUCCAAGGUUUAGACGGAAUAGAUCAAUGGGAGGCACUUUCAAAAGACUUAAAGUCGAAAAGAGUUUCCAUCCUGCACAAUAUUGAUGAUAUCUACGGAAGUGCCGCAAUUACAGUUGACAAAUGGAAAUUGCUUAAGGGUACUAACUACAACGGCGCUUGGGAUGGCUGGUACGGCCCGAGUGGACGCGAAGGGAACUACGACGCAGGCGCCGUGCAGGACGCCCGCGCUGCUCGCGCUCUAAAAGCACUUGGACUGAUGCCUGACCUCGGCACCGUAUUAAAACUGAGAGAAGAGGCAACCGUGAAAUGCGACAACAUGAGCCACAUACCCUGUAACCCCUUGAAAUCUCCUUGUUUAUUCAACAUCGAAGAAGAUCCCUGUGAAAUGAGGAAUCUUGCCGAUACAGAACCGACAAUUUUAAGAAGCAUGUUAGAAGAAUUAGAGAUAAUGAACAAAACCGCAAUUCCACCAAACAACAAGCCUUUAGAUCCUCGCGGAGAACCUAAAUUUUGGGGUCAAGUCAUAACGAAUUUCGGAGAUUACGAGAAUUUAAACGCAAACAGUCUUUGUUAAUUAUUAAUAUGACGAUUUUACCCGAGAGUAACUGUAACUUGUGGAAGAAAUCCUAUGCCACCCUCUAUUAACUUAAAAAUAUUCUUACAAUCUGCUGAAAUGCAGACUUUCUUAGAAGGAUUUUUAUAUUUAUCACGCUAAGACUAGAAGACUCGGAGUAAUAGACGAUUCUAGACUUUAUCCCAAUUUAUAACUAGAAAGCAUCGAAAUUAAGAUUUUCCAUAGACAAUUAACUACUUUUAUUAUCUAAUCAGACAUAUUACUGAUAGAUUUUAUAUUUUAGAAUAUAAAAGUAAAGAUACUAGUCAUAUUUAAAGUUUAUACCAUCUUGCCAAACAAUAAUAAUUAAUUAUAUUCUUGCAAGAGUUCUUCCAGUAUCAUCACUGAACCAAGCUCACAUUGAUUCAGCUAUAUUUCAAAACAUAUUUAACAGUAAUUUCUAAAUAAUUCCUGGUUUCGCAACUAACUCGUCUUA